CAUGAAGUAUAAAGUGUAGAUGGAUGUACAUUCCUCAACAUUUAGGGAUAUAGAUAGAGAAGUAUGGAAGGAUACAUUUGGUUCUCCAUCCCUGUUCAUCACAUUCAUCACAUUUCUGACAUUCCUAAUAACAAAUGUAAAUAAAUGUUCUUAAAUAUAGCACAUUAAUCUUUCCCCUUUUUGUUCCCUUUUUGUUCCUUCUCCACAACUUUGCUAACCAGAGAGAAUGUCGACAUGGAAUAUUCUAACAGGAGUGUGGUAAAGGCGUUUGUCAUCUUGGGGUUCUCAGCUUCUCCACAGCUUUCAAUGCUGUUCUUCACCCUAGCCUUGGCCACCUAUGUUCUCACUGUUACUGCCAACAUCGUCAUCAUCUCAGUCAUUAAGGCAAACCCCAAACUACAGCGAACCAUGUACUACUUCCUAGGCAACUUCUCCUUCAUGGAGAUCUGGUAUACCACCUCCACUGUGCCGAAGAUGCUGGAAAGUUUCCUGGUUGGUGGGAGUACAAUCACUGUGGCGGGUUGCAUUGCCCAGCUCUAUCUUUUCUUCGCCUUGGGCUCCACUGAAUGCUUCCUCCUGGCUACUAUGGCUUAUGACCGCUACUUGGCCAUCUGCCGUCCUCUUCAUUAUCCAGCUCUUAUGACUCUGCAAGUAACUACAUGGCAGGUGACAGCAGCCUGGGUGGGUGGAUUUCUAGCUCCUUUGCUCCCCAUUGUCCUCAUCUCCCAGCUCUCAUUCUGUGAGCCUAAGGAGAUUCACCUUUUCUUUUGUGACGCUGGGCCCCUGUUGAGGCGCUCAUGUGGCAAUGCCUUUGUCAGCUCUACCCUAGUCACAGUUCUGGCCUCCUUUGUCAUCCUCAGCACCUGCUUGCUCACCAUGGUAUCCUAUACCUUUAUAAUCUCAACCAUACUUAGGAUCCCCUCAGCCAGUGGGAGACAAAAGGCCUUUUCCACCUGUGGUUCACACCUUACUGUGGUGGUGAUUUACUAUGCCACAGUUAUCUUCAUAUAUACAAGACCCAUUUCCCCUUCUCCUUCUAAGCUAGACACAGUGGCAUCAGUUUUUUAUGCAGUAGUCACCCCACUGCUCAAUCCAAUGAUUUAUAGCUUAAGGAAUAAGGAGGUAAAGGAUGCUUUGAAGAAGUUGAUGAGCAGGAACCGGGUCUUUGUUAAAAAUAUUGGAGCUAUGAUCAUGGUUUGCUGGUAGAAAAGACAAUAUGUGGGCAAAAUGCUCAUUAGCUCUGAUGUGCCAAACAGCAGUGGAGCAAGCUGAUUGGGCGCCUGGGGUGGUGCACGUGCCCUGUGCCCAGGGCCAGGGCCAGCCA